AUGUUAGUUACUUUCACCCUGCUCGGACCGCUCCUGUCGCUAGUAAGUGGCAUGAUCCAUGGCAAACGGCAAUAUGAGAGACGACCAAUCAUCUUAGAAAAAUCCGGUGGAUUCACUACAGGAGGAAGAAUCAUCGAAAGCCCAAUCUUCCCAAAUCAGACCCUCUCCUGUGACCAUGGGUAUAUGGAAUACUUCAUCCCAUGGAGGUCUCGGAAAACAAGUCUCGUCAUGUGGCACAGUUCCACCACGCAAGUAUGGCAGAACCGUUGGGACGGUGGCGAAGGCUACAAGGACAUGUUCUUACGCCGCGGCUACCCCGUCUACCUCUGGGACGGGCCUCGGGUUGGUCGGGCUAACUGGGCUUGCGAGCCGUACCGCUAUACGCCAUUGUAUCAAGACAAAGGCAAUUUCGUAGCUUGGAACUUCGGGCCCUCCUACCCUAACUUUUGGCCGGGGGUCCAGUUUCCAACUAAGGACGAAGAGGCAUGGCAUCAAGCAACAAGCUCUCGUUACCUCGAGUUCGACUCGAACGCAAAUAUACAUCUACAGUCACAAGCCGCGGCCGUCGCAGCAGACUCGGGCAAAGUUGGUGACAGCAUCGUGUACCUCACCAACUCAGCAGCCGGUCUACGUGCUCAGAUGACAGUUGCAAAAAGCAACUUGACAAAUAUCAAGGGCAUAGUCGCCUACGAAAGCUAUGGUUGCGUAUUUCCCGACAACGUCAACAUUACAGCUGGCGAGCCUUUCGGACCGAUGGUUGUGCCCCUCGAAGACUUCAAGAAGCUGGCAAAGCUCGAGGCUAUUCAGUUCGUAUGGGGAGACCAUAGGAAAGAAGCAUUUCCUUUUCUUCAGCAAACGAGGCGGGCAGCCAAGCUCAUCAACCUUUAUGGUGGAAAUGCCAAGGUCUUCCUCCUACCCAAAGAUGGGGGACUUAGUGGAAAUACCCAUAUCGCGUUUGCGGAUAUGAACAACGACGAAGUGGCCGAUCUUCUAGAUGAUUUUCUCGAAGAGCAUGAUCUCGACGCUUACCAAGAUAAGACCGAAAGUGUCAGCAAUGUGAUUCAAGAGUAA